AUGGACAAAUUAACUCUUAUCUCGGGGACGUUAUUUAUGGCGGCUGAUAUUUUCGCCAUCGUAAGUUUGGCAAUGCCCGACUGGAUCAUCACUGACGUUGGAGGGGACACCCGUCUGGGACUAAUGUGGACCUGCAUGACAUUGUAUAAUCGACCACAAGUGUGUUUCACUCCUGACCUUCAACCAGAGUGGUUGCUAGCUUUAGUGUGCAUUUUUGUGGGCUGUAUUUGUAUUACUACAACCAUCAUACUGUUAGCUUCAUCACAGUGGGACCGAAAUGUCAUUCCAUACGCCAGAUGGGUUGGUUUUACCGCAAUGGUACUAUUUUGUUUGGCUGCUGUAAUAUUCCCAAUGGGUUUCCACGUGGACGAAAUUGGUGGACAACCAUACCAAUUACCAAACAGUCAUCAAGUUGGAAUCUCAUACAUUUUGUUUGUCUUGGCGCUGUGGAUCACAGUCAUAUCAGAAUUGUUUGCAGGCAAAGUUUGUUUGCCGCAUUUUUAAUUUAUUUUAUUUUGAUGAUCUUGUAAGUCAGUAUUUAACUUUUUACAACAAAGGUAAGAUGGUUACACUAGUGGUGUAUAAUAUCUGCGGCUUGACUCAAAUACAUGGAUUUUGUAUAUAUUUCUGUACUCAAGAAUGGUUACUGUGAUAGAUUUUGUUGCAAGUUUGCACUGGAAUUUAUAUUGAUGUAGAUAUUGUAAUAGAUGUAACAUGUACAAAGUGGUGAAUUGAAUAAUAUACAUUGUUAUUAA